AUGACGGGCGCCGCUCCAAUCGACAUUUCCACGCGCCAGACUUCGGUCUCACCACCGGGUCAGCAGGCUUCGAAUCUCACCUCGGCUUUGCAGAAAGCCGGCGCUGGAGAACGCACCGGCAGCAUAUCACAUCAUGCCAGCGGAGGCCUCGGAGUCUUCAAAGCACCGCCACCUCGUAAGGACUCGAUCGGUGCUGCCGCAGCACAAUGGGGAAAUGGGACAAAGCCUAUCUCGAUGUCCGGGUCCGCCCGUGAUAAAGGCCGGCGAGAGUCGCUCGCAGGGAGCUUGGUAGGCGGCAUGAGCUGGGGUGGUGUAUCGGUCGGGAGCUGGAUACGUGAUGACAUAAUCAUGACUGGCACGUCGCCUUUUACCUUCCAGUCGCCUUCAUUUCAUUCCUCGUCAUAUCUCCCGAAGCUGGAGGCCAAUUUCAUGCGGGACUUUUCCUGCUGCGGUGUGACGUUACCGACACUUCAUGACCUAUUACAGCAUUACGAAGAAGCCCAUGCGACCAAAUCGCCCAACCAAGGACAUCGGCCGAGCCAGGGUGAUAACCGGGCUGCCUUGGCGGCUGCCGCCAUCGCACAGCAACAGAGCCAGCAACAUGGCAAUCAAGGGCGUGGCCUCCCGCCAGAUCGCACCUUGGACUUGCAGCGCAAUAUGGGUCAGAACCAGUCGCCGUCACAACACGUAGAUCUAGACACGAUCGAUGACAUGGAGUUGGACGAUGCCAUGGAAGACGACGAUGCCGGUAAUUCCCAGCUAUUCUCUCCUCAGUUACGUGAGGGUGGCCAAGGUGGCUUUGGCAACUCGAAUCAGGGCCCGCAAUUAAAUCUGAGUAUGCUACCUAGCCAUCAGGGCUUCAACACCCCCUCUCAGCCGGGCACCCCAAUUGGAUCAUCUGCACGGCCACUUUCCCUGCAGAAUAACCCUACUGUUUCUUCCGUCAACACCCCGACCUUGAUGGCCAACCCUCUUCAAUCAUCACAAUUUCGGAACACUCCGGAUUCAUCAGCGCCAGGAACGCCGUCCGAGAUCGACGAAAGUAUUGUAGGUGGAUUCGGAGACCUGAGUAUGUUGCAGAAUAAUAUGAUGGGCCAGAACCGAAAUCAGUUUGGAGGAUAUACCGGCAACAACGAUAUGGUUGACCUGUGCAUCGAUGAGCCCGCAAAGCGUCUCUUCAGCCCUACUGGAGGGAUGGGAGGAACCAACGCCCAAUUCAAACUUAGCGGUGCUCAAUACGGCCCCAACAGUGAUAUUGCGCGAAGAAUUCGCGAGCAACAACUUUUGGCUGGGGUGCCCGAUACUACCUCGAUCCUUCCCAACGAAGAGCCCAAACCAUUCCGCUGCCCCGUCAUCGGCUGUGAAAAGGCCUACAAGAACCAGAAUGGUCUCAAGUACCACAAGGCUCAUGGGCACAACAACCAACAAUUACAUGAUAAUGCGGACGGAACAUUCUCCAUCGUCAAUCCUGAGACCUCAACGCCGUACCCAGGCACCAUGGGCAUGGAGAAAGAGAAGCCAUAUCGCUGUGAAGUAUGUGGCAAGCGCUACAAGAAUCUGAACGGACUCAAAUACCACAAAUCGCACUCGCCGCCCUGCAACCCCGAUUUCCAGCUUGCAGCGGGGCGCAACCUGAAUUUGGGCGGCGGUGUGAUGCAAGGACAGAACAUCAACGUUGCUGGAGCUGGCCUCCCCGGGAUUGGCGAAGAAGGCCUCAUGUGA